AUGAACUAAAUAGCGCUGCCUAAGCAUUAAGGUAAUUAAUUGCUUUUGCAUGCUGUAGCUCACUCAAAUGUGAAAGACAUUUUAGCACUACUUAAUGACAACGAAGCAGAUGCAAAUGCUUGUAAUAUUAAUGGAGCUACUGCUUUGCAUUAUGCAGUUAAUAUAAAUAAUCCUGUUAUAGUAGAAAUAUUGUUAAAGUACAAAGCAGAUCCAAAUCGUCAUGAGCAUCAUGAUGUUGGUCAAAAAACUCCUUUGCACUAUGCAGUUGAAAAAAAUUCAUAUGAAGUUUGCAAUAAGCUUCUAGAGUAUGGAGCAAACCCAAAUUUAUAAGAUAAAAGAGGAAUGACACCCCUUCACUAUUCAGCUAAGUAUGGAUUUAAAUAGAUAUGCUAGCUAUUAUUUACAAGCGGUGCAGAUAUUAAUUUAAGAGAUGAGCAUGGAUUCAAUGCUUCCUAUUAUGCUUAAUAAAAUAAGCAUUUAGAAUUAUUAAAUAUAAUUGGUCCUCCAAGAUUAAUCAAUGUAGCAGACCUUCUAGAAUUUAAGAUGCAAAUGAGAGAAAUUCAUGCAAUCAACGUUCCAAUAAAAGGUAAAAAAAAGAAGAAAAAGAAAAAAUGA